CGCGCGUUGGCUUCCCCGCAGCUCCGGGCCCGGCUCCGCCAUGGGUGCUGCGCGCUGCUCCCGGCUCCUGCCGCUCCUGCUGCCGCUCCUGCUGCCGCUCUUGGCGGCGUGGGGGCCCCGUGUGUCGGGGGGGCUCCGCGCCCCGCGGCGGCGCUGGCCGGUGCCCUACAGGCGCUUUGAUUACCGUCCAAAAACUGAUCCUUACUGCCAAGCUCGUUACACCUUCUGUCCCACUGGCUCUGCCAUUCCAGUUAUGAAAGAAGAGGAUGUCAUUGAAGUGUAUCGAUUACAGGCUCCAGUAUGGGAAUUCAAAUAUGGAGACCUACUAGGACACUUGAAAAUUAUGCAUGAUGCUGUGGGUUUCAGGAGCUCUCUAACGGGCAAAAACUACACAAUGGAGUGGUAUGAGCUCUUCCAACUUGGGAACUGCACAUUUCCACAUCUGCGGCCUGGCAUAGAUGCACCGUUCUGGUGUAACCAGGGAGCUGCCUGCUUUUAUGAAGGAAUAGAUGAUGCACACUGGAAGGAAAAUGGAACUUUAGUUCUUGUGACUACAAUAUCAGGAACCAUGUUUAAUGAAAUGGCACAAUGGGUAAAAUAUGACAAUGAGACUGGUAUUUACUACGAGACCUGGACAGUUCAAGCAAGUCCUGACAAACAAUCAACAGUAUGGUUUGACUCUUAUGAGUGCUCAAAGUUUAUACUGAGAACCUACCAAAAGCUGGCUGACUUAGGAGCUGUAUUUAAGAAGAUACAAACAAACUAUACAAGCAUAAUUUUAUUCAGUGGAGAACCUAUUUAUUUGGGAAAUGAAACAUCUAUUUUUGGACCACUAGGAAACAAGACAUUGGCAGCAGCUAUAAGAGACUUUUACAGUCCAUUUAAACCUCAUCAGUCAGUCAGAGAGUUUUUUGUGGAUCUUGUAAGAAUAAUUGAUCGUGUCAUCUUGAAUCAUCAGUUUUACCUCUUCUACAACUUGGAAUACUGGUUUUUACCUAUGAAGUUUCCUUAUCUCAAAAUAAUUUAUGAAGAAGUCCCUUUACCUGUCAGAAGCAAAGAGUCCUUCGGUGUAUAGCUGCUUACUGAAGAACCAAACUUGCCCUUCUGUCAAAUUUGGAGCAUUACCGUGAUGGUGCUAAAGGGUCAUACGUUUCACUGCUAACUGUAAAAGUUGUGUUGGGAAGGCUUUGCCAGACACCAUGAAAGAGUAUGCAUUUUUUUUGUUAUUACCUGUAUAGCACAUGAAUGCUUCAGCAUCUGUGACUUAGCUUCUGUGUAACCAUGGCCACAUGCUGAGGCUCCUCUGGCUGAGCUUGGCAGUGCCAGAGGGGGAGUGGGGAGGCAGCAGCCUGCUCUGGUCUCCACAUGCAUGGCCAUGCUGUAGCAGGUACCACCUGACCACCUACAGAGGUGGGACACAGCAUUACAAGGACUAAAUUGGCUUAUCUAUGUCUUGGAGCUAAAAAACCUGAGUGUCUUCAUGAGUCCAGUUCUUUCAACAUGUGCCUUAGUAGUUCUGUAGUUCUUUGGUUUGUAAACUGGGGCCCAUAAACUGUUCUCCAGUUUUCAGUGGCGGUGGGGGAAGGGGCAGUGAAUCUACUAGAAGAUGGCAUGGGUGGUACCUUUUAACCACUUUGCUUCAUUCACCUAUACUGUAAACACAAUACAGAUGGCUCUUCUUUAGUUUUGUGUGUUCUGUAGCACAGAGGAAAACCGAAGUGCCUCUUUUGAUGCCAGCUUUGAUGCAUAACUGCAGUGUUCUAGCAGUUUCCUGCCUUAAAGUCUACUUGAGGCUUCAGUUAGGUCAGUGUCAUAGAACUCAUGGGUAUAUUCCUUUCAAAUUUCUUUAAAAAGCAUAGAACCCUUAAUAUGAAAGAAGCAAUGACAACUUGUAGGGUGUUAACAUUGGAGUUAAAAAUCUGUGCUUGUCCCAGAAUUGCCCAUAAAAGGACACUGCUGCUCUUGCUGGCACUGAUGCUUGCAGUAGUGGUGCUGUGCCAGCUGCACAGUCCUUGAGUCCUGUUCCAGGUUCAACCUAGAGCAGCUUAGCAACUAGUUAGUUCCCUUUAAACUCAAGUGACCAAAGCCAAGGAAACACUGGCUUCCUGGAACCCACUGAGGUGCCUGCACACAAAAAAAUACACCUGCAGCAGUGUAAUCAUUUCCAAGUAUAAGCAGCUCACUUGUAUUUUUUUUUUAAACUAGCUGCAGAAUGAAUAGCCCUCCUACAGAGGUUAUUGCUGUAUUAGCCAAGCUAAUAGGCUGCUGCAGCCAAAGAGGGGCGUACACAGUGAUUUGAUUCAAAGCAUAAGAAUGGCAGAAAAUUAACCUUGUAUUUAGAAAGUCACUAAAACUGAUCAGUUGAAUUACAUCAUCGUGUAAGGGGAUGAGCAUGAGAGCUCGUGUGAGAGUAAUGAGAGGAUGAGAGCAGCUCUGUUCAUGGAAAAGCUGCUAAUUACUUCCACUGGUAGGUGAAACUUCAUCUUCUGCCUCAGAUUGAAAGACUUUGCUCUAUUUAGCCAAAGUCACAAGUCCUCAUGGCUGAACUGAGCUUUGGAUUCUUUAGAUUACUGUCAUGGUUUCACCCCAGCCAGCAACCAAGCACCACACAGCACCACCAGGAAGGUAAUCCAAGAGGCACUAGGAAAGUUAAAAAGGGUGCAGCAAGCCUGUCUACAGAAGUUAGAUUCUUGUUGAUGACUCAUUUUUAUGACUUUGAGACCCUCAAUGUUGUUGAACGUACAUUUGUCUUCCCUGGGAAAAGCCUCAACUUCAAAAACCAGUGUCUGAAGCUGUGAGGGGGAAAUUGAAUCACAGAACCAAGCCAGUAAAAGUCCCGAAAGCUUCUUCUCUAGUAUUUUCUAAAAAGCUGGAGAUCUUUGGGAGCCUGAAGGAGAUGCUAUGGCAGGGUACAUCAUGCUCCCUCAUAGCAGCCUGACAGUGCUGUUCAUUCACUGAGCAGUACUUCUGUGUCUCUACUCAGGACCUAAGGAGCCUACACACCAAAGUAAUUCUUUUCCCCUAAUAGGUGGAGUAUUUUGUGGUGCAUACAGGAGCCUUACAGAACUGGAAAGACUGAAUUCUCAAAUACACAGCUAAUGGUAGCUGAAUCAUCCAGCUUCUAACACUCAAAAAGAUGGGGAUUUGUGAACCAGUAACAGAGAGCUUAGACAACAGAGCUGACUGGUUGCAGAGGUAAAAACCUCAUUCUUAAGGAACUUGAUAAAAAAUAGUUUGUGUGAAAGAUGUAAUAAUUUUUCAUGUCCGUGGUCAAACGUAAAUUCAUGGUUCUGUCAGUACAGGUGUCUAAUAUCCUGAGCUUUUUGUACUUCAAUAUCAGCCCUUCUCACUUUUCCUAUUUCAUCUGUACAAACUGCCUAAUUUAACAUGUUUUACUCCUGCCCUACUACUCUGGUAGUAGGUAGUAGUGGUACUUGGAGUUGUUUCAAGAGAAAGUUACAUCCUAGCAUGUAUUAGUUGCAAGUUAGAGGACAGUAAAUUUCUGGCAACAAAGAUGAAGACGACAGGACAGUUAUUUGUCAAGGAUACUGCAUCCCUUGGUGGUAGAAGCAGCAAGAAGCAGCUGUUUGAGGCGAAAUCUGUGUCCAUUCAGCAAUAGAUCACACUGCCAAUCACUUGGGGAUUCUUCCACACAGCCAUGUGUGUAUUCCAAGUCUGUUUCACACUUUGAAUUCUACCCUCAGUUGUAGGAGUUGCCCUUUAUUUAACCUCCUUCUGAGGUCAGUAUUUAUUCCUGCUGGGCACACAGUUGGAGAGCGAGCGAGCCUCUCAACUGGGGAGGGUUUGUGAAAGUUAAUUGUUCAGACUGAAUGCACAGCUGGGUGGGAAUAAACUCCACCAGCACAAACUGCAGUCCUGGAAGAGGUGCAGUUGUUGAACAACUAACUGCACUGGAAUUAGCUGAAGUUGUUGAGUGCAGUGCUCUUUUGUAGGCAGAAUCCAGAAUCCUUGAGUUAGGCCUUCAGAAUUAGAUCCAGAAUAACACAGAGCUGAUGAAUAGCCCACUUCUGCAAAGUUUAGACAAGCCCAGAAUAGGUCCACAAAGAUUACACUUUUGUCACUUAAAAAGCAAGUGUUAGAUGUCACAAACAGCUUCUGUGCACCUGAUGAUCUGUUACUGUUUGUCACUGAAAACCACCUAUUGACCUCAGGCAUCUGAGAUGGACAGCCUCCUCCUGAAAGUCACACAGAGGAGCAGAAAUAGUAGGAUCACACCUGGCAUCUCACUCCCAGCCAGGUGGAACUCACAGCACUUGCCCAACAGUAGGAACUAGGGGACUGUCCUUACUGCCAGGCUCAAGGAUAAGCACCUACUUUCUCCAGUGGCUGUGUCGUCGAGUCUUUACUCACGCUUUGAAUACAGGACUUGUUCAUCACUUUAGACUGUUUCUGCUCCCUGCUGUUAUGCAAGCUGCAGUUAAGGGUACAAACACGCAGUAAUUCUGCAAUACAACAAUUUCCAGGUCUGCACACUGGUCUUGUGCAAAAGUGCUUAACUGUUACACCACUGAGCUGUGGGGCUGUAACCCACACUUCAUUCCAGGAGAGUUCCCAAGUGAAGCAGAUCCUGGCUGGUCAUACCUCAAGGUCUGAGUGUGCAGCUCCUGCUCCCCAAAGGGCCGUGCAAUGAAAAUUGCUGGUACAAAUGCUUUCUGCCUUCCCCCUCACAAACCCAUUCACAGAUGUUCUGGAUUAGGAGAGCUGCCGCCUUCAGUAUUGUAACUUGUAGGCACUUGUGUUCAGAGGUAAGAUUUGUCACUGCACGCAUUAACAACUCCUACCCAAGACUGAACAACCAGGCCAACACUGGAUUGGAUUCUUCUGAAAACAAGAAAUAAAAGGUGAAGUCAGGGAAAAAUGAUGCAGCUGUCACACCCCUGUUCACGUUUCUAGUGAAUUUCAUGAGUCUGUGGUAGUCAUUACUACUUAUGCCAUGAUUUUUAUGUAUUCAUUAUUCAUUUGUUCCAAUGUGUAGAAGGCAAAAUAAAAUGUAAAAAAUUUGCUAAAAA